AUGCAAAGAACAAUGCGCCACCUGCACCUGCCGUGGCAAUCUGUCACCAUACACUUUGUCUCCCAUCAUGGUCUCCUUGUACCAAGUUUCUUGUUGGUUAAGCAACUGAUGUUAUGCGUUGGCACUAUUUUUUGGUAUAACACUUGUCGACUCAAACCAAUGAAAAAGGACAAAAUGAAGAAGGCUAGACGAAAUACAAAGAGAAAAAGAAUUAAAAAAAUACAAAGUUGGGACUUCUGGAUAGGUGACGGUCGUCACGUCCCUGUGACGGGCGUAACACCCCACAACAUAAGGAAACGCUCGUCACACACACCUGACGAGCGUAAGGCACCACUUCAGCGUGUGACGACCGUCACGCGCGUGAAGGAGGACGUUACGCAUGGAUUGAAGACGUGGGCGUGA